GCGUCCGCUGAUUGGCCAAGGCCCUCGCGAAAGAUGAGCGUCUGCCUUCAAACCUUCUGGGGCUGCGCCGCUACCAUAAACCAUCAUGUCCACCGAGCCCUUUGGAAGCAGCUGUUUUUCCUCGUUGUGAUGUUGUGGGAGAGACCGCGCUAAAACUGGGACAAGAUGACGGACGCCCACGGCGAUCGCUGUCCGGACCAGUUGAAUAAAUUCGAGAAGCUGGCCGGCAGGCCGCUGCACGGUCGCCGUACUCCCGCAGCCCGCAGCGGCCAUCGUUGCGUGGCAGACGACACCAACCUCUACGUCUUCGGCGGGUACAACCCGGACUAUGAUGAGUCGGGCGGCUCGGAGAACGAGGACUACCCGCUGUUCCGGGAGCUGUGGAAGUAUCACUUUGCCACGGGGCGAUGGCAGCAGAUUCAAACCGAGGGUUACGUGCCCACAGAGUUGGCCUCCAUGUCAGCACAGUUUCCUCACUGCAGCCGUGUUGCACGGUCACAAUCUGCUGGUGUUUGGCGGCACGGGGAUCCCCUUUGGGGAGAACAACGGCAACGACGUUCACGUUUGCAACGUGAAGUACAAGCGAUGGUCUCUGCUUAACUGUCGCGGGAAGAAGCCCAACAGAAUCUACGGACAGGCGAUGGUCAUCAUAAAUAGCUUUCUCUACGUGUUUGGGGGAACAACGGGGUACAUAUACAGCACAGACCUGCACAGGCUGGACCUGACCACCAGGGAGUGGAUCCACCUCAAGCCCAACAACCCUCGAGAUGACCUACCCGAGGAACGGUACAGACAUGAAAUAGCACAGGAUGGACAGAGGAUCUACAUUUUGGGAGGAGGGACGUCCUGGACGUCUUAUCCUCUGGACAAGAUUCACGCAUACAACCUGGAGACCAAUUCCUGGGAGGAGAUUGCAACCAAACCUCACGACCAAAUAGGCUUUCCCGCUCCUAGAAGAUGUCACAGUUGUGUCCAAAUAAGAAAUGACGUAUUUAUUUGCGGUGGCUACAACGGUGAGUUCAUCUUGGCUGACCUGUGGAAGAUCAACCUGCGCACGUUCCAGUGGAGCAGACUGCCCGCCGUGAUGCCCGAGCCGGCUUACUUUCACUGCGCCGCCGUUACACCGACGGGCUGCAUGUACAUCCACGGCGGUGUGGUGAACAUCCAGGAGAACAAGAGGACCGGAUCGCUCUUCAAGAUCUGGCUGGCUGUGCCCAGCUUGCUGGAGCGUUGCUGGGAGAGGCUCCUCCAAGCGUUCCCCCACCUCGCCAACCUGCCCGCCGUGCAGCUGCUCAACCUCGGCCUCACACAGGAACUCAUCGAGCGCUUGAAAUGACGACGCCAACGCGUGCGAGGACUCUUUGCUCCUUUUUGCCAAAAAACUGAGAUGCCUUGUUUUGCCUCAUUCUACUUUUUUUUUUUUUGAGGCGGGGUCGAAGGGAGGACUCGAUAUGUGCCAUCCUGGAGCGGACAUCCCUUUUUUAGUUUUUGCUCGUCAUCAGCGGCUGGAAAUGAUUUGCUUCUCAAAUGAAAAAAAAAAAAUUAAUUCAAGAAUGUAUUAACGCUUGUAAUAUUUUAAAGACUGUGCGAAGGAUGGGCCGUGUAUAUUUAUUGGAAGGACUUUAUUUGGACACGCCAUCUAGCAUAGAUUUUUAGUUUUUAAAUGUGAUUUGUCUUGCUCAUUUGUUGACUGUCACGUUAUGGAACCGUCAUCCAAACAUUUCGCUUCCUCUGCAAGACAACCGUUAUUGAAUGAUUUUUUUUUUUGGUCAUAAUCAUGUCCCCCGAGAGAGGGACUUAAAUGCAUUGGUCACGACGGGGAAUUUAAAAAGUCACGUCACUGUGAAUUUGGUGCUCUCUGAUUUUUAAAAAGCUUUUCCGUGAAUAAAGUUGAACGCCCUCUCUGA